AUGCGCUUCUCAAUACGAGCCGCCGCCGCCGCCGCCGCCGCCUCGUUGGCGCACGGCACAGUCUCAACCCAAGUAUCCACGCCGGCCCUGUCAACAGUGUCGAUAGCCCCGGUCGUUGCCCGCCACUUCGACGCCAGCCUCAACGGGAAUAAGGACAGCAAAGAUGCUUCGCCGUUGUGCGCCUCGGGCCCGCACCGACGCAGCUACUUCUAUGUCGGCGGCGGCUACGCCGACGAUGGCGCCGGUGGACACGUCUUGCGCGACCAGAUGUAUGUCGAGAGGCUGCAGCCCGUCGGCGGCGUCACUCAGGACACGCCACUAGUCCUGAUCCACGGACAGGCUCAGACGGGCACGAACUACUUGGACAAGCCUGACGGCGGAUGCGGCUGGGCCACGCGGUUCCUCGAACAAGGUUUUGACGUAUACAUCGUGGACCAAACGUUCCGUGGCCGCUCCGCGUGGCAGCCCGGCCACGGCGCCGCGAGCCCGUCCACGUACUCGGCCGAAACCAUCCAGCAGCGCUUCACGGCCGUCCGCCGCUACAUGCUCUGGCCCCAGGCAGGCCAUCACACGCAAUGGCCAGGAAAUGGCUCCAUGGGGGACCCUGUCUUUGACGCCUUCUACUCCUCCAACGUCCAGUUUAUUUCGGACGCCGUUUACCAGCAGACCGCCGUCCAAGCCGCCGGCGCCGCCCUGCUCGACCGCAUCGGCAGGCCCACCGUCCUCAUCGGACACAGCCAAGGCGGCCUCAUGCCUCUUGUCAUCGCCGACGCGCGCCCCGCCCUCACGAAAGGCCUCGUCCUACUUGAGCCUACUGGUCCACCUUUCCGUGAGGCCGUCUUCAGCACCAAGCCCGCCCGAAAAUGGGGUCUGACCGACAUCCCGCUGGUCUACUCACCUGCCGUCAACGACCCCGCCUCGGACCUGAAGCAGGAGGUAUUCCCCAGCUCUGGGAAUAACCGCACCGAUUGCAUCUUGCAGGCGGAGAGCCCACCGCCCCGCCAGCUCGUCAACCUUGCCCAGAAGCCUAUCCUCGUGCUCACCUCUGAGGCCUCCUAUCACGCACCGUACGACUACUGCACCGCUAGAUACCUUGAGCAGGCCGGUUGCUCCAACACGAGACACAUUGAGCUCGGGGACAUUGGCAUUCACGGCAACAGCCACAUGUUCUUCAUGGAACGAAACAGUGAUGAGAUCCAACAUGUCGUUAAGAGUUGGGUCAGAAAAUUGUAA